AUGGAUGAUUACAACAAGCCGGAUCAGCCUGGUGUGUAUCUGCAGAAUAGCGUGGAUGCUUCUGCCACUAGCCUGAAGAACAGAUCAGUAGCUGUUGGGAAGGAAUUUACAACGCAGCAGAUAAAAUGGCAACCACCGGAAGCUGGAUGGGUGAAGAUCAAUACAGACUGUGCUUGCAGAGAUGGAAAUGUGGCUGGAUGUGGUGGCAUCAUCAGGGACAAUCAAGGAGACUGCAAGGGAGGUUUAGCCAAAUUUUUAGCAAACUGUAAUAUUGUUAAAGCUGAUCUCUGGGGUAUCUUUGUCGAGCUAUCUCUUGCGAAAGAUUUGGGUUAUUACAAAGUAUACGUGAACGUGGAUUCUACCUCAACCAUUGACAUGAUUCAGUCAGGAAGAGCGUUGGAUUUGAAUAGUCAUUCACUGGUGAAGCAAAUUUUGGAACUCAUGAAGAUCUUUGAAGAUAUCAAGGUGAUUCAUAGUUAUAGACAAACGAAUCGGUGUGCAGACGCGUUAGCCAAGUUUGAUGCUACUACUAGAAACUUUCUUAUAUUUGGUGAGGAAUUUCCAAUAUUCAUUAGACAUUUGCUAAACCUCCAUUCAUCACAAACUAACCACCAAACCUUUUGUGCUUUCUCUCUUCAUAUUCACAAUAUCACCUCACGUUUCUUAAAAAUGGAUGAAUCAUCACUUGCAUUGGUCCAUGGUGUUGAUCAUCAACCUCAACCUCUAACUGUUGCACCCAUUGUAUCUUCUUACAAUGAAAAGAUACGUCCAGUUCUUGAUGCCCUUGAAAAUCUAAGGCGUCUCAACAUUGCAAAAGAAGGAAUACAGCUUCCAACUAUUGUUGUUGUUGGAGAUCAAUCUUCUGGAAAAUCCAGUGUCCUUGAAUCUCUUGCUGGGAUCAGCUUACCUCGUGGCCAAGGAAUCUGCACUAGGGUACCAUUGGUUAUGCGUCUUCAGAAUCAUUCACAUCAACACCCAGAGCUUGUAUUGGAGUAUAAUGGCAAGAAUGUUUCAACUGAUGAAGCAAAUGUCUCUGAUGCUAUAAACACAGCUACUGAAGAGCUUGCUGGAACUUCCAAAGGGGUUUCAAACACUCCAUUAACUUUGAUCGUGAAGAAGAAUGGUGUUCCGGAUUUAACUAUGGUUGAUCUUCCAGGUAUAACUCGUGUACCUGUUCAUGGUCAACCUGAUAACAUAUGUGAUCAAAUUAAGGAUAUGAUUAUGGAGUAUAUAACUCCAGAAGAAAGCAUUAUCUUGAAUGUUAUUUCUGCUAAUGUUGAUUUUGCUACUUGUGAGUCCAUUAGGAUGUCACAAACGGUUGAUAAAACCGGUUUGAGAACACUUGCUGUUGUCACAAAAUCUGAUAAAUCUCCUGAAGGUUUGUUAGAGAAGGUUACUGCAGAUGAUGUUAACAUAGGUCUUGGUUAUGUUUGUGUAAGGAAUCGAAUCGGCGAUGAGUCUUAUGAAGAGGCCAAAGAUGAAGAGCAGAAGUUGUUUGAGUCUCAUUCACUUCUGUCCAAAAUAGACAAGUCUAUUGUUGGAAUUCCAGUAUUGGCUCAGAAGCUUGUUCAGGUUCAAGCUAUGAUAAUUUCGAAAACUUUGCCUGAAAUUAUUAAGAACAUCAAUGAGAAGCUUGCUUAUAGUUUACAUGAGAUGGAAAUCCUGCCUGCUAAUUUGUCUUCGUUGGCUGAUGCAAUGUCUGCUUUUUUGCUAAUUGUUUCUCUUUCAAGAGAUUCUCUUAGAAAGAUUCUUCUGAUUGGUGAAUUUGAAGAAUAUCCUGAUGAAAACAAAAUGCAUUGCACUGCUCGGUUAGUCGAUAUGCUGAAUUCAUAUGCAAACGAGCUUCAAAAUUGUGAUGAAAAUGAAAGUAAUGCUACCAGAGAUUUUCUUAUGGAUGAGAUCAAAGUUCUUGAGGAGGCCAAGUUUAUUAGUCUUCCAAAUUUCAUGCCAAGAACUGCUUUUCUUACAUUACUUCAGAAAAAAGUUAGAGGCAUUUCUCAUAUGCCAACAAAUUUUGUUGAUAGUGUGUGGAACUAUCUGGAAAGUGUUGUAACUUCCGUUUUGAAUCGCCACUCUGCAAACUAUUACCAGUUGCAGGUCUCUACUCGUCGAGCCGCGGAGCAUCUUAUUGCUAAGAAGAAGGAAAACUCCAUUCAACAUGUGAUGCAAGCUGUUGAGAUGGAGAAGCACACAGACUACACUUGUAAUCCAGAGUACUUGCAGGAGUAUAACAAGCUGAUGUUGUAUCAACAAGCAUUUGUGAAAGAAGUUUUAUAUGAUUAUCGAACAUCAAGUACUGUGAAGCUUGAAGGGGUAGGUGACAUUGAAGUUAAUCAUCUGAGAAACUAUCAUACUAAUGUAUUGACACAGGCCUUUGACUUGAAAGCAAGGUUUAUUGCCUAUUGGAAGAUUGUGCUGAGGAGGCUCAUUGAUGUUAUUGCUUUGCAUUUGAUGCUUAGCAUCAAUGAACUUGUGAAUGUGGAUUUGCAGAAGGAGAUAUGUAAUGAAGUUGGUGGCAGUAUUGAGAGCCUACUUGAGGAGUCUCCUUCUAUUACUAUGAAGAGAGAAAAACUUAGCAGAAGUGUGAAAGUUUUGAGGGAAAGCAAAGAGACAGUGGCUAAAAUUAUGGACAGGAUUGGAGUCUAUGGUGAUAAGUUGUAGCAUAUUUCAGUGUUUCUUAAUUAUUGGAGUCUUAAUAUUGUUAUUGUUUUUGUCUGUUUUGUUCUAUCAUGCAUCCAUGACCAUGUGGUCUUUGUCAUGUCUUUUUAUUUAUCAGUUGGAAGUUGGAACUUUCAUUAGU